GUUCAAAUAAGACUUGAUUAAAAAAUAUAAUGUUCCACUUUUAUCUAACCGUGAAGUACAAAGAGAUACAAUUAUUACUGAUUGUAGUAAAACUAUGUGUAUAAUUUCUUAUUUGUCAGAUUUACUUCUAUUAUACCCCAUUAUCUUAUUGCAUUGAAGGAAGAUAGGGACAAGAUGGCACACAGUGGAAAUUAUGGUUUUUUCAAUUAAAUAUAUUUAAAUACAGCUCUGUGCUGCUCUUUAGCUUCAAAGAUGAAUGCAGAAAGUGUGAUUGGCGAUGGAGUUAAAAUGGAGAAGAUAUCUCCAGCACUUCCUGUUAACCACCGUUUUGUGGAGCCAGAAAAGGCAGUUAAAACUAUAACUGAUAUGGCCAUCUGGGAAAAGUCUGAAGCAUAUAUGGAGUACACUGGUUUUAUUGCAACUCUAAAUGAGGCAAUUAAAGCAAAACCACUAUCUGUGGACUGCAAAGUUUCAGAGAAUGUAUCUAAGUUGGUUAAUUUAUUGGAGAAGCUCAAUAAAUUGAUAGAUGAGUAUCCGCCUGUGGAACAGCCGCAAAGGUUUGGUAAUACUGCAUUCAGAGAUUGGUUAGCUAAAGUCAAGAUGAAUAGCACAGCAUACUUGCAAGAAGUUCUUCAUCCCCAGCUACAUUUAGCAAUACCAGAGAUUAAAGUAUAUUUAGAAGAGAGCUUUGGGAAUGCAACCAGGAUAGACUACGGGACAGGCCAUGAAAUGUCAUUCAUUAUGUUCCUUUGCUGUCUUUACAAAAUAGGUUGUUUACAAAUGGAAGACAAUGUGGCAACUGUAUUUUUAAUAUUUAACAAGUAUCUAGAGAUUGUUAGAAGAUUGCAGCAAAUCUAUAGGAUGGAACCGGCGGGCAGUCACGGAGUCUGGAGUUUAGAUGAUUACCAGUUUGUCCCGUUCAUAUGGGGAAGUUCACAGCUCAUAGACCAGCCGAGAAUUUAUCCACCUGUGAAAUUCUUAGAAGAUGAUAUUAUUGACAAAUAUGCGCAUGAUUACAUGUUCCUCUCCUGCAUAAAAUACAUUAAGGAGGUAAAAAAGGGUCCGUUUGCUGAACAUUCUAAUCAGUUGUGGAGCAUCAGCGCAGUAGGUUCAUGGUCCAAAAUAAACCAGGGAUUAAUUAAGAUGUACAAAAAAGAAGUUCUGGCAAAGUUCCCAGUCAUACAGCAUGUUUUGUUUGGCUCCCUUCUUCCAAUACGUAGAUUCCCAAUCCAGCAUUAAUAUUCAGUAAUUUUUUCAAUUUAUAGGCUUUUCCUUAGUAGGUAAUGCAUUUGUUGCGUAUGAUUUGUUUUGUGAUGGUGCACUUAAUUCAGUAUUAAAGUUUUGUUUGUUAAGACCUGCCUUUGAUAAUGAUUUGAAUCAAAUUUGAAAUAUGUGAUAUUAAAAUAAAUAUAGAAAUAAUUGUUUUACAAAUAUUUGUAUUAAUGUUUUUUAUUUAGUUUUGCAUUUUGCAAGGACUAGAAUAGGUAUUUAUUUUACCAAUAAGAUAUCAUGAAAUUCGUAAUUUUAAUUUAUGGUUUAACUUUCCUAUCUCUAAUAAUAAAAUGAAACUGAAUAAAAUACUGCUAAGUUU